ACUGCUGUGCAAAUGUUAGCCCGCUGCUUUCUACCUGGGAGCAUGAGGCUUCGUACUCUAGCCUCCUGCCCGGCCCUCUUUGCCUCCAUCCGGUGUCCACGCUCUGAGCUGCGCCUGGACCUGGUUUUAGCUUCUGGACAGUCCUUCCGGUGGAGGGAGCAAAGCCCUGCACACUGGAGUGGCGUGCUGGCGGACCAAGUAUGGACACUGACUCAGACUGAAGAGCAGCUCUACUGCACCGUGUACCGAGGUGACAAGGGCUGCGUUGGCAGGCCCACCCCAGAGGAGCUAGAGACCGUACACAAGUACUUCCGGUUGGAUGUCAGCCUGGCUCAACUGUAUAGCCACUGGGGUUCCGUGGACUCCCAUUUCCAAGAGGUGGCUCAGAAAUUUCAAGGUGUGCGACUUCUGCGACAGGACCCCACCGAAUGCCUUUUCUCCUUCAUCUGUUCCUCCAAUAACAACAUUGCCCGCAUCACUGGCAUGGUGGAACGGCUGUGCCAGGCCUUCGGACCUCGGCUCAUCCAGCUUGAUGAUGUAGCCUAUCACGGUUUCCCCAGCCUGCAGACCCUGGCUGGACCAGGGGUAGAGGCCCACCUCAGGAAGCUGGGCCUGGGGUACCGGGCUCGCUAUGUGUGUGCCAGUGCCCAAGCCAUCCUGGAAGAACAUGGUGGACUGGCCUGGCUGCAGCAACUUCAAGAGGCUCCCUACGAGGAGGCCCACAAGGCCCUCUGUGGCCUGCCUGGGGUGGGCACCAAGGUGGCUGACUGCAUCUGCCUAAUGGCCCUGGACAAACCCCAAGCUGUGCCCGUGGAUGUUCAUGUGUGGCAGAUAGCGCAACGUGACUACAGCUGGCACCCCACCGUGUCCCAGGCCAAGGGCCCGAGCCCCCAGGCCAACAAGGAACUGGAUGAGGUCUCACUGUGUUGCCCAGACCAGCUCCAAAGUGGGAUCAAGUGAUGCUUCUGUCUCAGCCUCCUGAAUAACUGGAACUUCAGACUGGCUUUGGACUGCAAUCCUUCUGUCUGCCUACCAAGUAACUGUGAUUAAAGGCGUAAACCACUGUGCCAGGCUCUGUAUAUUUUUGAUAAAAUGAAAUAAAUCUGAAGGAAAAAGAA